CAUCCAAAUUGCAGUAGAACUCUGUCAAAAUGUCAGUCAUUCAACAUUGAACAUGUCGCCUUGCCCACACGGUGUAUUGAAAUCGAAUCUGUUCAGGAGAGCACUGCCCCUGGCUCUGGAUUGCGGUUCGCUCUUCGCGAAACUGCCGGCCGAACUGGGACAUACGUUGCAUUGAGUCAUCAUUGGACAGAAAAAGCCAAGAUUGCACAAACGAAAAAUUCAAAUUAUCAGUGUCGAACACAGAAAUGCGAGCAUAUCUCACCCUGCACUACGUGGAUUAGUAACCCCCUUACUACACUUUUCAAAGAGACAUGCUGGCUUGCCAUGAAGUUGGGCAUUCGGUAUAUAUGGAUCGACUCCAUAUGUAUCGUGCAAGAUGACACCGAUGACUGGGCGAAAGAGUCCGUCAGGAUGGCUGAAUACUACCAGCAUGCGUGGCUCACUAUUGUCGCGACAAAUACGUCGGAGAGUGGUAACUUGCGCAGUGAUUUAGGAAUCACAGACUUCCCAAGGAUCACCCGCCUGCCGUACCAUGACAAGGACGGAUAUCAACAGGGCCACUUCUAUCUACAGGCAACUGGCCAAAGUGUACUUGCAACAGACUGGCAGGAAAAUGUCGGCAACAGCACACUUUUGAGUCGUGGAUGGGUUUUACAGGAAUGGCUCUUAAGUCCUCGACUUCUGACCUUUUCGAACUCAAGUUCAGGUAUAUUCAUGCAAUGUCGAAGUAACAAUACCCCAAAGAUGGUAACUGGUGAGGCACUGGAUACCAGCCUCAUUCGAAGUGACCAGAUAAAAGCAUCAACUAUCGCCAAUGCGUUCAAGAACAUCUUACCCUUCGACAUGUCAUCCAAAAAGAGCCUAUUCAAAUCGUGGAAGUCGGUUGUGGAAGCGUACUCAGCCCUCGAUCACAGCCGCGUAGAAAAAGACCGCCUCGUAUCACUAUCUGGAAUAGCAGCUGAGUUUGGUGAAGCACUGCAGAAAUUGCUGCUGGACACGUCUCAGAUAAGCACGGACAGCACCGGAACCGCAAAUAAAUACGUAUGUGGCGUUUGGUAUGAUGACAUCCCUAGCUUGCUAUGGGAACGAUCUGAAUCUAGGCCUCCGCGAAGAUUAAGGGGGAUCUCGGCAUGGUCUUGGGCUUCUUUGGGGACUACGGGAGUCUCUCAAGACGGCGCCGAGACUCUUGUAGGCGCCAAAGUACGGUGGCCGGAUGAGCACAAGACAGAAGAACUGGUUUGCGUAGUCAAACAACGAGUCAGGUUACAAGUUACAACCGAAAUCUGGCAACCCCUAUUCAAUUCACCCACAGAUCAGUCGGAAAGCGGGUAUGGGAAUGAUAGUCGCUUUGCGAUUCUACGGCUGCGCGGGCGCCUACACCGUGUCUGCAUAGGCUCAAGUUUUAUCUCUGAAGGAGAUACAAACUUCGCAGCAGAAUUAACUGGUCAUAGUCCAGACUUUGGAAGGUCCAUGUGGCGCCGGGUUACCACGUACACGAAAACAGACAUCGUCGCUGGCUGGGCCUCUAUCGAACAUCCUAAUUAUCAGACUGAUGUUGAGUGCCUAUCAGAUAGUUCUAUUUUCGCGUUCUUCGUGGUCAAGAUGCCUGGUAUCAAAAGAAACUUCGGCAUAGGAAGGCUGAGCGGGAAAUACACUAUAUUUAGGGUGCUGUAUCUGAGGAAAGUCGAGCGGCCGGGGUAUGUACCAUGUUAUGAGCGGGUGGGUGUGGGUAGGCUAUUCGAAAGGGAGAUAGAGUCGCUCUUCGAGUCAGCAGGAGCAGAAAGCAUUUGGUUGAUAUAAUUGGGAGGAAGGCUUCAAUCUGGCAAAGAACACGGGAGUUUCUACAAGCACUCCCCAAUAGGUAAACAGACA